AUGGAAGGUACAAAUGAAGCUGCUAAUAUACAAGCAGAUGGUUUAUUACUGCGAACUUAUGACUUGGGAGUAAAAUGUAUGCAAUGUAAGGACUAUAAAAAGGCGUUGAGUCUAUUUUCUAAGGCAAUGAAGCUUUCCCGGUCUUAUUCCAUGGAUUUAAUAGAAAGGUUACGCGUCGAGGCUGGUCUUCCCAGAAGAUCUGCUCAUGAUGAAUCAAAGGCUUACCAUCCAUUGUACAAUAAGUUAUUGGAUAGUAGAAUAUCGUGUUUGAUGAAGGUAGGCGACUAUAAACGGGCUGUUAGGGAAUCGGAGUAUUUUUGCAAGAUCGAGCCCUGUAGUACUAGGGCGAUGCUUCGUCUGGGGAAAUCGUAUGAACUAGCCAAUAAUUGGGAUAAGGCUAGGGCUACUUAUAAAAAGGGACAGGAACUAGUUGAUAGAUUAAGAAGUCAGGGUACAGCAGUAUCUCCUCUGCAUGAAAAGCUUUUCAAUGACAGAUACUUGAUACUAUUAAGAAGCAAGUCAAUGGAAAAUGCUGACCCUUCAGUUCGACAAGAGAAACGCGUUUUGAUAGAGCAGAAAACAGUUGGGUUAGAUGUGGAACUUGAUGAGGAUUUUAGCGUAUCAAAGAAAGUUAAGACUAUAACGAAGGAUCCAAUUGACACAUUACCGGUAGAGCUUGUGAUAUCUAUUAUGACACACCUUGAUACCAAAGACAUCACGACGUGUAUGCGAGUUUCAAAACUCUGGUAUAAUAAAUUAUCAAACACUCCGAUGAUCAUAGAUGCCAUUAGCUUGAAUAAGACAAGCUGCUCGAAAGUGAACUCAAUGGUGAAAUUUAUUAAGUCUAAAAAUUGCGUGUCUUCAACAAUUGCAUCUUUGAAUUACUCCGUCAUGGUUUCAAACGAGGAGCUCAAGUGUUCUCAGCUGCUGUUUCACAAUCUAGCAAAAUACGUUGAGAAGAUGGUUUUACAAUUCUCUCAUACGGAUAUUGCUAAGAUCUUAAGGCUACUAGUUGGGAAGAGAGUUCUGACUGAACAAUUAAAAGAGUUCUCAAUAUUCGGCUCUUAUGAUCCAUUGUCUCUAAGAGACAAUGAUGGUGAGUUUCUUCAAAAUGUGCCUGCUCUUCAGAAACUCGAAGUCUUAGUUGGUGCAAACACUGCUAAAGGAGGAACGACAUCUAUGAAUGGUAUACAGCAACGACAACUAAGCUAUGAUUUAACUCCCCUUUCGCAUUCUUUACAAUCAAUUAAACUUCUGUACAAAGAUAAUAGAUUCACUGAACCGCCACCAUUCGCCUGUAUUCUCAGACCGGCGAUCCAUACCUUUCCUAAAGUCCAGAAACUUGUCAUUGCAAAUUUAAACUUUGGAAGUAUCCAAUCGCGAGAUUGGGUUAAGAACUUCCCAAAUGUGACAGAAUUGUGGCUGGAGAGAAACACGGGCGCAUCUCUGAUGGAUUUCAUAGGUCUGCUAAAAAAUGGUAAAGUUUUCAAACAAUUGACCCAUUUAACCUAUAGAGAAAGUCCUUCUGAAUCAACUAGGUCUUACAAUGUUGAAUUGUAUUCCGAUCAUGAAAUGGAUACAGUGAUCGAAAAUUUGCAUAAGCUCAGGACUUUGGAUCUAAUGAAUAGUUCAAUUGGAAGAAGUGUACUUUACAGGCUCUUAAACGAAUUACCUCAUAUAAAGACGUUGAAUAUUGGUAACUUGACAGAGAUAUCAGAUGAACUGUACCCAAGAACGGACACUGAGACGACAGUAUUUUUGUUCCUAAGACACAUGCAAAAUUUAAAGGUUCUAAGUGUUCCUAAUAUGAGUUUUCAUCAUACUAGAUGUUUUAGGCAACUUGCCCUAGUUCUGCCGGAGAUUGAAUCGCUGAAUAGAUUAGAUCUUUCAUUUAAUCCAUCGAUGCAAGGGUAUCAACUAUAUGAUAUUGCAAGAGAACUUAGUAACAGUCAGGUAAAACUGCAAUGUCUUAUUGUUGACGGUUGUCAACAGAUCUCUCCUAAUACGGUGAAAGACAUAGAACAAAGAGGAUAUGUUGAAAGCAUACAGUGCUCUUUUAACAAACCACAAUGGGAGAAAUUCGGAGUUAACUCCUUCUGGUACCGCUAA